GGACGCUGCCUGCCUAGCACUUCGCCGAGUUUCCAUGGAGACCGAGGCUGAGCCCGCGCUGCCUCCCAGCGUUGUCAUGGAGACAACUCCCGGGCUUGGGCUCCCAAGGCCCGCUGGCGCUCAGUUGCCUCAGAACCCUGCGGAGCCGCUGUGCGAGGCCGGAGCCGCGGUGGCGGCUGCACGCUGGGACCUGAGGAAACACUCUUUGCUCAUCGUGAUCGGUGACAUCGGUACAGAGAGUCAGCUGAGGGCCGUGCGGGCCCACCUUGAACAAGGGAUUCUCUCCUGGAAUAUUGACUUAUCAUCCUUCGACUUGAACCAACAGUUGAAACUCUUCAUUACCCGGCACCUAGCUCACUUCUCCUCAGAAGUCAAAGGCCAAAGGACCCUCUGCCACCAGAGUGAGAUUCUAGAGACCAUCAUCCUGGUAAACCCCAGCGCAGACAGCAUCAGCUCUGAGGUUCACCAUCUUCUUAGCAGUCCAUCAGCUCACAAACUACUAAUCUUAAGUGGGCAAAGUUUAGAGCCUGGGGGAGACCUCAUCCUACAGAGUGGCACAUACUCCUACCAAAACUUUGCCCAAGUCCUUCACCAACCAGAGAUUGCCCAGUUGCUCAGCAAUAGAGACCCUGGCAUCCAGGCCUUCCUCACCGUGUCUUGCUUAGGAGAGGGUGAUUGGAGCCAUCUGGGACUAUCCAGUUCCCAAGAGACCCUGCACCUCCGGCUAAACCCUGAGCCCAUGCUGCCAACCAUGGAUGGUGUGGCUGAGUUCUCCGAGUACGUCUCUGAAACUGUGGAUGUGCCAUCCCCCUUUGACCUGCUAGAGCCCCCCACCUCAGGAGGCUUCCUCAAGCUCUCUAAGCCUUGCUGCUACAUUUUCCCUGGUGGUCGUGGGGACUCUGCCCUCUUUGCUGUCAACGGUUUCAACAUCCUGGUAGAUGGUGGCUCUGAUCGCAAGUCCUGCUUUUGGAAGCUAGUGCGGCAUCUGGACCGCAUUGACUCUGUGCUACUCACCCACAUUGGGGCAGACAACCUGCCAGGCAUCAACGGACUCCUGCAGCGCAAAGUGGCAGAGCUAGAGGAGGAGCAAUCCCAAGGCUCUAGCAGCUACAGUGACUGGGUGAAGAACCUCAUCUCCCCUGAACUUGGAGUUGUCUUUUUUAAUGUGCCUGAUAAGCUGCGGCUGCCUGAUGCCUCCCGGAAGGCCAAGCGCAGCAUUGAGGAGGCUUGUCUCACUCUGCAGCACCUGAGCCGCCUGGGCAUCCAGGCUGAGCCUCUGUACCGUGUGGUCAGCAACACCAUUGAGCCUCUGACCCUGUUCCACAAAAUGGGUGUGGGCCGGCUGGACAUGUAUGUUCUCAACCCUGUGAAGGACAGCAAGGAGAUGCAGUUCCUCAUGCAAAAGUGGGCAGGCAACAGUAAAGCUAAGACAGGCAUUGUGCUGGCCAAUGGGAAGGAAGCUGAGAUCUCAGUGCCCUACCUCACGUCUAUCACUGCUCUGGUGGUAUGGCUACCAGCCAACCCCACUGAGAAGAUUGUGCGUGUACUUUUUCCAGGAAAUGCUCCCCAGAACAAGAUCUUAGAGGGCCUGGAAAAGCUUCGACACCUGGACUUCCUGCGUUACCCUGUGGUCACUCAGAAGGACCUGGCUGCUGGGGCUGUGCCCACCAACCUAAAACCCAGCAAAAUAAAACAGCGAGCUGACAGCAAGGAGAGCCUCAAAGCUACUACCAAGACACCCGUGAGCAAGCUAGCCAAACGGGAGGAGGUGGCAGAGGAAGGAGCCAAGGAGGCUCGCUCAGAGCUGGCCAAGGAGUUAGCUAAGACAGAGAAGAAGGUAAAAGAGUCAUCUGAGAAGCCCCCAGAGAAGCCUGCCAAACCUGAGAGGGUUCGGACAGAGUCAAGUGAGGCCCUGAAGGCAGAGAAGCGAAAGCUGAUCAAGGAUAAAGUGGGGAAGAAGCACCUUAAAGAGAAGAUAUCAAAGCUGGAGGAGAAAAAAGACAAGGAGAAAAAAGAGAUCAAGAAGGAGAGGAAGGAGUUCAAGAAGGAUGAAGGAAGGAAGGAGGAGAAGAGGGAUCCCAAGAGGGAAGAUAAGAGGAAAGAUACUAAACCUGAGGUCAAGAAGAUUUCCAAGCCAGACCUGAAGCCCUUUACCCCUGAGGUACGUAAGACCCUCUACAAAGCCAAGGGCCCUGGAAGAGUCAAGAUAGACAAGAGCCGAACUGCCCGUGGGGAGAAGGAGCUGUCUUCUGAGCCCCGGACACCCCCAACCCAGAAAGGGACUGUAUCAUUCCCAACAGUCAGUGGGUCCCGAGAGCUGGCACUAUCCUCACCAGAGGACCUCACGCAGGACUUUGAGGAGAUGAAGCGUGAGGAGAGGAGUUUGCUGGUUGAACAAAGGGACAUAGGACUUGUAGAGAAAUCACUCUCUGUAGACACUGCAGAGGUGGUACCCCCAAGCACAGCUAUCCAGGGAAUAUCACCCUUUGUCCCAGAGCCAGGACAAGAACAGCAUGUGAUGAAGGAGAAAGAGGCUGUUCCAGACAUCCCUAAGGAACAAGGUAGUAAGGACAGAAGCCCAGACUUUGGAGCUGAAACAGAGGAAAAGAAAGAUACCUGGGAGGAAAAGAAGCAGAGAGAAGCAGAGAGGCUCCCAGAUAGAACAGAAGCCAGAGAGGAAAGUGAACUUGAGGUAAAGGAGGAUGUGAUAGAAAAGGCUGAGUUAGAAGAAAUGGAGGAGGUGCACCCUUCAGAUGAGGAAGAAGAGGAAGAGACAAAGGCUGAGAGUUUUUACCAAAAACAUAUACAGGAAGCCUUAAAGGUAACUCCAAGGGGCAGGGAGGCUCUUGGGAGCCGGGAACUGGGACUCCAGGGCAAGGUCCCUGAGAAAGAGACCUCGUCAUUCCUAAGCAGCCUGGCCACACCUGCAGGAGCCACUGAGCAUGUCUCUUAUAUCCAGGAUGAGACAAUCCCUGGCUACUCAGAGACUGAGCAGACCAUCUCAGAUGAAGAGAUCCAUGAUGAACCUGAGGAGCGUCCAGCUCCACCUAGAUUCCUUACAAGUACAUAUGAUCUCCCUGGACCUGAAGGUCCUGGCCCCUUUGAAGCCAACCAGCCUGCAGAUAGUGCUGUUCCUACCACCUCCAGCAAAAGCUAUGGAGCACCAGAGACUGAACUCACCUACCCCCCCAACAUGGUGGCUGCUCCUUUGGCUGAAGAGGAACAUGUGUCCUCAGCCACCUCGAUCACUGAGUGUGACAAGCUUUCUUCCUUUGCCACCUCAGUGGCUGAGGACCAGUCUGUGGCUUCACUUACAGCUCCCCAAACAGAGGAGACAGGCAAGAGCUCCCUCCUGCUUGACACAGUCACAAGCAUCCCCUCCUCCCGCACUGAAGCCACUCAGGGCUUGGACUAUGUGCCAUCAGCUGGUACCAUCUCACCCACCUCCUCACUGGAAGAAGACAAGGGCUUCAAAUCACCACCCUGUGAGGAUAUCUCUGUGACCGGGGAGCCAGAGAAGAAAGGAGAGACUGCAGGGAGAGGCUUACCUGGGGAGAGAGCCAUAGGAGAGGAAGAAAUGGCAAAUGUAGAGAUGUCUGAUAAACUUUGCAGUCAAUAUGGAAUCCCAACAUUUGGUGCCCCUGGGCAUGUCCUACAUCCUGGGGAACCAGCUCUUGGAGAAGCAGAGGAGCGGUGCCUCAGCCCAGAUGACAGUACAGUGAAGAUGGCCUCUCCUCCGCCAUCUGGUCCUCCCAGUGCCACCCAUACACCCUUUCAUCAGUCCCCAGUAGAAGAAAAGUCUGAGCCCCAAGACUUUCAGGAUGUGGGCUCCUGGAGAGACACUAAGCGCACACCAGGUGUGGGCAAAGAAGAUGCUGCAAAGAAGACAGUCAAGCCAGGACCUGAAGAGAGCACAGUAGAGGAGGGGAGGGUACCUUCUCCCAAGAGCCCUCAGGCCCAGGAAGCCCCCAUCAGCAUUGGAGAGGGACAUACAGGCUGUACCAUUCAACUGUUGCCAGAACAGAACAAAGCAAUAGUCUUUGAGACUGUGGACACAGGAGAGCCCACAGGCCCAAUUCUAGAAGCAGAAGCCCUUUCUAGAGGUUUGAGAACAUCACCCCAAGAACCUGGAGAGUCUCAGAAAGAUGAGGUUCUCCAAUUUCCUGACCGAAGUCUCUCCCCUGAAGAAGCAGAGUCCUUUUCUGUCCUCAGUGUGGUCUCUCCAGAUACUGCCAACCAACAGCCCACUCCCAAGUCUCCUUGUGGCCUGAAAGAGCAGUACAAAGACCUUUGGCCAGAGGUGUCUCCAGAAGAUACUCAGUCACUUUCUCUCUCAGAAGAGAGUCCCAGCAAGGAGACUUCUUUGGAUAUCUCUUCUAAGCAGCUCUCUCCAGAAAGCCUUGGCACUCUCCAGUUUGGAGAACUAAACCUUGGAAAGGAAGAAAAGGGGCCACUGAUGCAGGCUGAGGAUACCUCUUACCACCUAGCUCCUGUAUCUGUUCCAGAGCCUCAUGCAACCAUGGUAUCACCUCCCUUGUGUGGGACUGGAUACUCUGCACAGGCAGACUUCACAGAUGAGAGCCUUGACAGAAAAUUACCUGCCAGCUCCUUCUCUGACUCUCCACUGUCAGGAGAUGGGAAGCACUCACCUGGGGCAAUCACAAGCCCUGGUGAACACAUUCUGACACCUGAUAGCUCCUUUACCAAGAGUCCCGAGUCUUUGCCAAGCCCUGCCAUGGAGGACAUUGCUAUGGAGUGGGAAGGUAAAGUUCCAGGGUUGAAAGAUAGAACCCCGGAGCAGGACAAGGAGCCUGAACCAAAGGAUGAAGUCCUUCAGCAGAAGGACAAAACUCUGGAGCAGGAUGUUGCAGAGCAGGAUACAGCCAUUCAUAAGAAAGAUGAGGCACUAGAAGAAAACAAGAUCGUGAAACAGCAGGAUGAGGCUUUCCAACAAAAAGGCAGAGACUUAGACCAAAAGGAUGCAGUGUCAGAACAGAAGGACAAGACCUUGGAACAAAAAGACAAAGAUUUAGAACAAAAAGACAAGGGCCUGGAACAGGACAAGAUCCUAGAAGAGAGAAAUAAAGCCUUAGAACAAAGGGACACCACCCUGGAACAGAAGGACAAGGCCCUGGGACUAAAACAGGAAGAGUUAGAACAAAAAGAUAAGAUCCUGGGACAGAAGGAUAUGAUCCCAGAGAAGAAAGACAAAACCUUAAAAGUCCAAGACUUUGAACAUAAAGGCAAGUCUCCAGAGGAAGAUGUCCUUGAACUUAAGGGCAAAGACCUGGAACAGACAGACAAAGUUCCCGAACAGAAAGACAAACCCCAAGAACAGAAGGAUAAGGGUUCAGAAAAGAAGGACCAGGUCUCAGAACAAAAAUUCUGGGCCUUAGGACAGAAGGAUGAAACCCUGGAACAAAACAGUGAGGCUGCUGAACAGAAAGGUAAGGCUCUGGAAGAGAAGGACAAAACUCAGAGACAGGAGAGCAUAAUACAGGAAGAUAAAGCCAUAAAACCAAAGGAGAAGAUCCAGGAGGAAAAAUCCCAAGAAAAGGUCAAGGCUGUGGAACAGAAGGAAGAAGCUCCUCAGGAGAAGACCAAAGUUCUGGGACUAGAAGAGAGCCCCAUGUGGGAGGGCAAGGCCAGAGAGCAGGAAGAGAAGUACUGGAAGGAACAGGAUGCAGUCCAGGAGUGGCAAGAAACAUCUCCAGCCAGAGGGAAGCCAGUUGGAGAACAGAAAGAGCCUGCUCCAUGGGAGGACACAGCUCCUGAGCAGGAGAACAGGUACUGGAGGGGCAGAGAGGAUGUGGCCCUGGAACAGGACCCAUACUGGAGGGAGCUAAGCUGUGAACGGAAGGUCUGGUUUCCCCAUGAGCUGGAUGGCCAAGGGGCCCGCCCACGGUACAACGAGGAGCGGGAGAGCACUUUCCUCGAUGAGGGGCUAGAUAAUGAACAAGAAGUACCCCCGGCAGAGCACACACUCCGCAGCCCGUGGGCCUCAGAUUUCAAGGAUUUCAAGGAGACCUUACCACAGAAGGGGCUGGAAGUGGAGCACUGGCUUGCUGAGUCACCAGUUGGGCUGCCACCAGAGGAAGAGGACAAGCUGACUCGUUCUCCUUUUGAGAUCAUCUCCCCUCCAGCCUCCCCACCUGAGAUGGUUGGACAGAGGGUUCCUUCAUCCCCAAGACAGGAGAGCCCUAUCCCAAAGCCUAAGCCCAUGCUGCCCAUGAGGAAUGAACCUACCACCCCCUCAUGGCUGGCUGAAAUCCCACCAUGGGUGCCCAAGGACACCUUGCCCCCUGCACCCCUCUCCCCAGCUCCAGCUCCCCCAACAACUGCCCCAGAACCCCACACUCCUUCACCCUUCUCCUGGGGCACAACUGACUACGACAGUGUGGUGGCUGCAGUACAGGAGGGAGCAGCUGAGUUGGAAGGUGGGCCAUACUCCCCGCUGGGGAAGGACUACCGCAAAGCUGAAGGGGAAAGGAAAGAAGAAUGUGGAGCUGGAGCUCCUGAUGGCAGCCCCCAAAGCUCAAAGGUCCCAGAGGCCAGCGAGAGCCAUGUCUCCAGGGAUGCUGAGCAGGCUGAGCCAGAGCAGAGGGAGCCCACACCCUAUCCUGAUGAGAGAAGCUUUCAAUAUGCAGACAUUUAUGAGCAGAUGAUGCUUACUGGACUUGGCCCUGCAUGCCCCACUAGGGAUCCUACACUUGGAGCAGCUGCAGAUUGGCCCCCACACCUCUCAACCAAGGAGGAGGCUGCUGGCCGAAACACAUCUGCAGAGAAGGAGCUUUCAUCUCCUGUUUCUCCCAAGAGCCUCCAAUCUGACAGUGCAACCUUUAGCUAUGCAGCCCUGGCAGGACCCUCUCUACCCCCCAGGCAGGAGCCUGAGCCAGGGCUAGGUGUGGAGCCUAGCCUCACCCCCCCUGCCGUUCCCCCCCGAGCACCUAUCUGCCUGAGCAAAGGUUCAAGCUCCUCUCUUAAUGGUAACAUCCUGAGCUGCAGCCCAGAAAGGAGGACCCCAUCCCCCAAGGAAUCAGGCCGGGGUCACUGGGAUGACAGCACUAGUGACUCGGAACUGGAGAAAGGGGCUCUGGAGCAGCCAGAGAAAGAGGCCCAGUCUCCAAGUCCCCCUCACCCCAUCCCUAGGGGUCCUCCCACAUUGUGGCCUGAAACUGAGGCACAUACCAGCCCUUACUCGGACUCACACCUGGGGCCAGCCCGACCCAGCCUGGACUUUCCUGCUUCAGCCUUUGGCUUCUCCUCGUUGCAGCCAGCUCCCCCACAGCUGCCCUCUCCAGCUGAACCUCGAUCAGCACCCUGUGGCUCCCUUGCCUUCUCCGGAGAUCGAGCUCUGGCUCUGGCUCCAGGACCUCCAUCCCGAGCCCGACAUGAUGAGUAUCUGGAAGUGAUCAAGGCCCCCAGCCUAGACUCCUCGCUUCCCCAGCUCCCAUCACCUAGCUCUCCUGGGGCCCCUCUUCUCUCCAAUCUGCCACGACCUGCCUCACCAGCCCUGUCCGAAGGCUCCUCCUCUGAGGCUACCACACCUGUGAUUUCAAGCGUGGCUGAGCGCUUUCCUCUAGGCCUUGAGGCUGCAGAGAAAGGGUCUGAGGAGCUGGACCCAGAAAUGGAACCAGCUGCUCACAGCCUCUGGGACCUCCCUCCUCUAAGCCCAGCAGUCCCACCUUCAGUGGACUUGGCCUUAGCUCCGGCUCCAAGCCUGCCUGGAGACAUGGGUAAUGGCACUCUCCCCUGCCACCUAGAGUGCUCAGGGGAAGCCACUAAAAAGCCAAGCUCCUUCCAGGGUUCCUCUGGGGAUUGUGCGGCCAAUGGCCCAACUGAAGCCAGCCCCAACCUCCCAGUCCCUGCCCCAGCCAAGGCUGAAAAAGAAGAGGCUGAGGCCUGUCCUGCCUGGGAACGUGGAGCCUGGCCUGAGGGUGCUGAGAGGAGCUCCCACCCUGACACACUGCUCUCCCCUGAGCAGCUACCUUGUCCUGGAGAGGGCUCUGGUGGCCCAUCCAGCAAUAUCUCUCCUGAGGUUGAGGCUGGACCCCAGGGAUGUGCUGCCGAGCCCCGGUCCCACCAUGGGGAGCUCUCCCCGUCCUUCCUGAACCCACUUCUGCCCUUGUCUACGGAUGACAGUGACUUCUCAAUUGAGGAAGCUCGGUUGUUAGGAAGAGGGGGGUGGCGCCGGGCAGGGGGGCUAGGGAACACAGGGGGCCCAUGCCCUGUGGCUGAUGAAACACCCCCCACAUCAGCCAGUGACUCAGGCUCCUCACAGUCAGAUUCUGAUGUCCCACCAGAAACUGAGGAAUGUCCAUCCAUCACAGCUGAGGCAGCCCUCGACUCAGAUGAAGAUGGGGACUUCCUGCCCGUGGACAAAGCUGGGGGGGUCACUGGAACUCACCAUCCCAGGCCAGGCCAUGACCCACCUCCUAUGCCCCAGCCAGACCCUCACCCAUCUCCUCCCCGCCCUGAUGUGUGCAUGGCAGACCCUGAGGGACUCAGCUCAGAGUCUGGGAGGGUAGAGAGGCUACGAGAAAAGGAGAAAGUGCAGGGGAGAGUAGGGCACAGGCCCCCAGGCAGGACCAAGCCAGCAUCCCCUGCACGGCGUCUGGAUCUUCGGGGAAAACGCUCACCCACUCCCGGAAAAGGGCCUGCAGAUCGAGCAUCUCGAGCCCUACCUCGACUGCGAAGCGCUGCAAGCCAGGUCACCCCAGCAGAGGAAAAGGAUGGGCAUAGCCCCAUGUCCAAAGGCCUAGUCAACGGACUCAAGGCAGGACCAAUGGCCUUGGGUUCCAAGGGCAGCACUGGCCCCCCUGUAUAUGUGGAUCUCGCCUAUAUCCCGAAUCAUUGCAGUGGCAAGACUGCUGACCUAGACUUCUUCCGUCGAGUGCGUGCAUCCUACUAUGUGGUCAGUGGGAAUGACCCUGCCAAUGGCGAGCCAAGCCGGGCUGUGCUGGAUGCCCUGCUGGAGGGCAAGGCCCAGUGGGGGGAGAAUCUUCAGGUGACUCUGAUCCCCACUCAUGACACAGAGGUGACUCGUGAGUGGUACCAGCAGACUCAUGAGCAGCAGCAGCAACUGAACGUCCUAGUCCUGGCAAGCAGCAGCACCGUGGUCAUGCAGGAUGAGUCCUUCCCAGCCUGCAAGAUUGAGUUCUGAAAGAAUCGCCUCCCUUUCCCAAGGAUCCACUCCCCCAGCUCCUUUAGAGAAUGGCUAAUACUGAGUCCUCUGGGGUUGUGGGAGAUGGGAGCAGGAGGGGAGGCAGAUGUCUUAUGGGGUCUUGGGGUGGGCUAAAUGGGAGGGGUUGUCCUUCCCCCUCAUCCAUUCUUGAGAGGAGUCUCAAAACCAAAGGUAACAGAAAUAUGAUAGGGAGAGGGUACAAAUUAGGAUAGAGGUCAUCUGAGAACCCUGGAGUGAUACCUUCUCGUACUGUCAAAUCCUAGUAUUGGGUUGGGAGUGAGAAUGGGCCUUAGAGAACAACUUCCUCCCUCAUGCAGGGAGAUCAUUAUCUCCAACCCCAGGGACCUGUUUAUCUCAAUCUAUUCAUUUAGCACCCCAGGAAGGAUUUCAAAUCGAAAUUUAUGUGACCUAGAGGCAGGACACUGUCAGUGAGGUGCCCAGAGCUGCACCCUUUUCUCCAUCUCAUGCCCUCACCCUCCAGGUGCCCGGGGGGUGUACCACUGCUACACUGUCCUACUGCUUCCCUCAGUAUCUGGAUGUCUCAAUCCAAAACAUGAAGUCUUAGACCAUUAGACUGCUGAGAGGAGAAAGGAGCUUAUCUCCCAGCCCCUGCUUUAUACCAUUCAUAUCCCAGGGCUACAUCUGGACCAGGCCUACUGGGCAGCACAAAAGGGCAAGGAGAGCCCAGCCCCAAUCCCAGAAUUCUUCAAAACUCCCUGACCCUUUGAAGUUUUUACUCACCCCAUUCUAAUUAUCUGGAUCCCUUCUCAUCCCCUGCUUGGCUUCUCUGCAUGUGGUCAUCUGCUGUGGCCUGGUGUGUAAUGGGUUAAAAAUAAGCCACUGCUUGACAUGACAUCCGAACAUUUGACACCCCAGCAAUGUGUGACUCCUGCAACAUUCCACUCUACCACCCUGCAGCUAAUAUGGGAACGCUGGCUGCCUCUCCAAAGCCAAACUCUUGGACAUAGGAUCUGGAGGGUGGAGGCCAGGCCAGAGGACUUGGGGAAAAUGAGAGGGAGGAAGGAAAAAAGGAGAAGAAGCUGAGCUAUAGCUUAAUUACUACAAGGUGAAAUGAAAAUGGGCUGAAAAUACCAUCGUAAAAGAGGACCUCACCCCAAGCAAGCCAGUGAGCAGCCCUGCCAGACUACUGCUGGACUGAGAAACCCAGAUGCCGAUAGCCAUGCGGGCUCAUCUUCUCUGCCAAACAACUGGGAAACCAAAAUGAGCCCACUUUGUGUUGUUCCUAGCUCCCACCCUCCCCUUGCUGCUGUGCUCUGCUCCUCCCCACACUUCCCUGCUGUAGUUCCCAGCUGCUAUAAUGGAGCUGCCUCCAACUCUAACAAUAAAUCAAGUUCAUUGCAGAUGGUGUA